AUGUUAAGUCGGAUUGUCCGUGUCGAAAUCAUCCACCUGGUCCGACCGAUCAUGCCUAUCAUCCGACUCGAGCAGCUGGUCCAAGCGACCUUGCACAUCGUCAGGUCCCACCAGCUGUUCUUGGGUUCCAACGGACUCCCGCUGCAGACGACGUCGCUCUCGGUGGUAUGCUGCGUCGCGUUGUCGCCUCGCUGCAGCCAGCUGGUUCCGGUGCUCGAUGCGAUCGGCGAGAUUGCGGCACCUACUCACUCGCUGAUGGCGCGUGACAUGGUGCCUGUUCCCCUUGACCCAAUGCCAACACACGUCACAAAGCUGGCACGGGGGCGCAGAGAUACCGCGGCAGCGUCCUUGCUGGUGCAGCCCUAA